AUGCCACGCAAACCAGCAGCCAAAGUCGCAUGCCAUCUGUGUCAUGACCGGCGGGUCAGAUGCGACCGUAGUGAAGGCGUCGCGUGUUCCAACUGCCGCAAUGCCCAGCGCCAUUGUGAGCCAAUUGUUUCUCGCCGUGGACGGAGACGAAAGCUUCCUCUCUUACCUAGCACAGGCCUUAGCAGCAGUCUUUCAGAAAUCUCUCACAAUGUGCCGGAAGAAGUGACGACUUCAGACCCCUUAGUCACUCAUGUCCAAGGUAAAGAGAAGCGACAAGAGCCAUGCUUCCCAGCCCCUGGGCCUAGUGGCAAAACACCAUAUGUUGGGGAUUCUUCUAACCUCAACUACUUGAUCCAACAAUUUGGGAAUCCUUUUAAGGGUACGGAUGUUCGCUCACUUCAGGACCACCUCCAAGGCGCAAUGCUAGCUCGGGUGGGUAGAUCGACGACGCAAGAGAUCGACAGGCUUCGGCAAUCUACCAUUGAACACCUCAAGGUACAAGGGGCAUUCGAUCUACCAUCACCAGAAACCAGCCAGGCGCUGCUCAACACUUACUUUCAUUAUUCACUUGCUGCGCUUCCUAUUCUUGAUAGGUCACGAUUUCUAGUCACUCUUGAGGAGGGCUCAUUCUCACACUUGCUCUUAAAUGCUAUUUACCUCGCUGCAACUAUCUAUUGUUCGGAUUCAGUCAUUGCUGAUGCCGGGUUUCCGUCCCGAUACGCUGCAAGUCUCACGUUCUACCAAAGAGCCAAAUCUCUUUAUGACGCUGGAUAUGAAACCGAUGUAAUUGCUACGAUUCAAGCCACCUUCCUUAUGUGCCAUUGGUGGAGUGGUCUUCUAGAUCACAAAGACUCUUGGUACUGGCUUGGUAUCUCUGCAGGGAUGGCACUCGCUUUAGGAAUGCAUCAAGUGAAAUCAUACGUCCGACUCGAAGAGAGGGAUCGAAAAAUAUGGCGAAAACUGUGGUGGAUGGUAUAUGCCAUGGACAUCAAUCUGUCUAUGCUCCUCGAUCGUCCGCCCCAUGUACAAGGAAGACUGUGCAAUGUGCCCCCUCUCUCAGAAGCAGAUUUUGAACAAGCCAAUGGGAUCAAAGAGACAGAGACCUUCGGUGAAACUCUCAAUAAGGCAAAUGUCUUUGCGAUAAAAGCUGCGCAACUAGCCCAAAUAGUGGAUCGCUUCUUCACACUUAAAUUUGACGAAGAUAGUGGUGACUCACAAGAUAUCUGUUUGGAGCAAAUUUCGUUAUGGUCGUCCUCGCUCCCCCCGGAAUUCAAGACCGUGUCAACGAAUAGUAGCACAUGGGCUAUAUUGACGCAGAUCUUAUACCAGGAAUACCGCCUUAUUUUGCAUCGGUGCAACCCUAGGUUUUCUCACAACACAGGGCCAGGCACUCCAAUUUUCGAAAUAUGCACAGAGAUCUCUCAUAUGCUGGAAAUCACCAUGGCGAACGAUCUUGUAUGUGCAGCAGCAGCCAGCAUAGUUGCCCCCGUCCUGUCAGUCCUCCCAGUCCAUAUAGUCAACAUCCACAGAGGAGACCCCGGUGUCCGAAUGAUUUCCGAGCACCGCGCACGCUUCUGCAUGGUGAUACUUGACAAGCUGCAAGAUCGGUUACCGGUCGUUUCAGCUUUCAUUCCAAUAUAUGAUGCUCUGCUGAAGCAACACCCUGUGAGCGUGCAGAUACAAGAUGGCACAGAGGCACCAGAGCGUCCGGUAAUGGGACCCUCGAUGCAAAAUGGUCCUCGUCAACCUGAUCAUGAAAGCGAUCUUGGUGGUACUAAUGCCCCUGGAGGUUUGUUUGAUCAAGUCCUGCAAGACAGCAUGAGCACGACGUUUCCUUUUUCGUUUCCGUUCGGCAACUUGUUCGAGGAUAUCUUUCUUCGUUCACCUUCUCAGCCUACAUCGUAUUAUGAUGAUGAUGAUUUAGCUGCUCCUUUGUAG